AUGGCUUACAAGCAAACACCCAAAGCGUGGAAGCAUGCUAUUAAAGUGGUGAAGAGCUAUGCUGUGCGAUUUCCAAGUAUGGAAACAAAGGUGUUUCAUCCUUUACAUCUAAGUUAUGAUAGUCUACCUAGCGACACAGUGAGGUCUUGUUUCUUAUAUUGCUUUUUAUACCCUGAAGACUCAUUUAUUCCUAUAGAGGACUUGAUAAACAAAUGGAUUGGUGAGGGAUUUUUAAAUGAAUGGGAUGACAAUGAAGAUGGUGCUGAAAACCAAGGGUAUGACAUUAUUGACACACUUCUUCAAGCAUGUUUGCUGGAAAAGGUUUCUAGUGACACUGUAAAAAUGCAUGACGUGAUACGUGAGAUGGCAUUGUGGAUAGGUCGUGAAUAUGAGAAGCAGACCGACAAGUUUUUGGUGCGAGCAGGCUUGUUGAAGAAACAAUAUGCUGCUAAUUUAAAGAGCAAAGGAGUUUUUGAAGAGGUAGCUCAAAGGUUACCUUCACCUCUAGCUACGGUAAGACCCAGUGAAGGAAUAAUAAUGGGCAUGAAAAAUAAUUUAUGUGAGAUUUGGGGGCACCUCGAAAAAGAAGAUGUGGGAAUCAUCGGCUUAUAUGGGUUAGGAGGAGUUGGGAAGACCACUCUGCUAACUGAAGUCAACAACAAGUUUGUCAAUACAACUCAUGAUUUUGAUGUUGUGAUUUGGGUAACGGUGUCCAGUAAUCUAGAUUUGGAUCAGGUUCAAGAUGACAUCGGAAAAAAGAUGGGACUUUAUGACGAGAUAUGGAAGAAUAAAAGACCAGAAGGAAAUAAAGAAGAUAUAUGUGGAGUGUUGAGCAAAAAGAAGUUUGUUUUGUUGUUGGAUGAUAUGUGGGAGCGCCUUGAUCUCUUAGAGGUUGGGAUUCCACUUCAAAACAAGCAAAACUCCAAGAUAGUAUUCACAACCCGUUCUAAAAGGGUGUGUGGCCAAAUGGACGCUCAUAAAACAAUUGAAGUGGAGUGUUUGCCAUGGGGGGAGGCUUGGGAUUUGUUCCAAAAGAAGGUUGGUGAAACGACCCUUAAAUCCGAUCCAGACAUACUUUAG